AAUAAUUCUGAGCAGCUCUCAGCAGGGGCACUGCUCUCGUGGCGAAAGGUGUUUACUGGCGUUUUCUUUCUCUUUUUCUUUCUCUUUUUCUUUUUAACUUUGUUUUAACUCUGUUCUUAACCGUGGUUUUAACUUUUUAUGAGUUUUUUUUUGCCGAGAUGGAGAUUUUCUAUACCUUAGUUGUUGUUGGCGAUAUUCACCUGGAGUCAUUCACUCUCACUGACAAUCACUUAUACACGCGAGGAACUACUUGGAUUACGGUGGUCCUGUUUGUCUAUGUACGACUCUUCUAAUGUUCGGACAGAUGUAAUUCUUGGUGAGGAUUUAUUUGCCCGGUCGAAGACUAAUUUUGGAAAGCCCCGCCGCUUGAGAAAACGCGGAAAGAAAGGCGGCGUGCGUCAGCGUGUAAGAAAACUUCGGAGGAAGAAUCGUGUUCCUCUGCCUUCUAUGAUUCUGGCCAAUGUCCAAUCUCUUAGGAACAAAACGGAUGAAUUACAAGGGAAUGUGCUUCAUCUACGGGAAUACAGGAAGGCUUGUCUGAUGGCACUUACCGAGACGUGGCUGACCGAUAUGGACAGUGACACUUCACUGCGAAUCAGCGGCUUUGGGACCCCUGUCAGAUUGGAUCGGAACUGUGGAGUAACACGCAAAUCUCACGGAGGAGGGGUGCGAAGGAGUCCAGUCCCUGUCAUCUAUUACACAAACCUCCUCACCUCCAAUCUAAUCCAGAUCUGCAUAAUGAUUGUUUGGAUAUUAAGAAUAAAAAGUAGCAUAGCUGCUGUUAUUAACCUCUUGUGUGUGAUGGCCAGUCUGUACUUCAGGGUGUGCAUUGCUCUGGAAAGGUGUUUAUACAUCACAUAUCCACUGUUGGACUGCCUCAGACAAUCGAGGAGUUCUGUGCUGGUCUGUGUUCUGGUCUGGGCUUUUUGUAUAGUCAGUGUCCCUCUUGCCAUAGUCUUCUAUGAAUUAAUACGUUUAAGUAUUUAUGCCGCCCUCCCUGGCCCCCUGUUCAUCUUCUGCUUAGCUCGGACCUUCAGAGCCCUGCCUGCUGCCACCUCAGUGCCCACUGAGGAGAAACGUCGAAGUCUAGGAAUUUUGAUUCUGUUGUUCUUUAGCUACUUUAUAAUUGUUGUUUACACAAUCAUCUACGACAUAUUUCUUUUCUUUUCUGUCGUUUUGCAUUACAUCUCUUUGAUCUCAAUUUUGCUCAGUCCUUUUGUGGAUCUGAUUCUGUUUCUUUUCAUGCGAAAAGGACGCAUUGACAAGCUGCUGACAUGUCUGUGCUCAGCUGAUGGAAGAGCAGAUCAUCAGUGUGACUGACAGCACAGACAGGUGGGCUGAUGUGGACUUGAUUCUGUUUCUCUUACGUGCAAUGGGCGCAUUGACAGGCUGCUGGAGUGUCUGUCUAAAUCAUUUAAAAAAUGAUUUAAUAAACAGGUUUGGACACUUUUUAUAUCCCAGUAUUAAACAUGUUCAAAUCUUUUGUUAAUUAUUAGUUUCCCACAUUAGGUUUUGGUGUUUUUUUUUCUUGCUUGUAAUUUUGUUUGUCACAUAAUCUUUCUUUGUUUCUACAACAUGUCCAAAUAAUGUUUUCAGUUCUCUGUAACUUUGUAAGACUUAAAUGGAAUUUUUUGGAUUUUUUUAAAUUACUUUUUUGGGGGGGGGAUUCCUUUAAGGGAAACAUAUAGUUUUUCUCGAUUAUAUUAGUGUUUUUUCACAUUAACAUUCCAAUUUUCACUGAUCUACUGAGUUUUUCAAAUAAUAUUGUACUAUUUGUUAUGUAGAUCAUAUAUGUAUAUGCCACCAAGACAAUUCUGCAAUUGUAGCUGAUUACAGUGACUUCAAUAAUGAAGCUGCUUCACCACAAGUUCAAAUAUUGCAGCAAGAUGCAGAAACUUAAACUUCCUGUAAAUAAUAUUUAUGUAGUUCAGUUUACUGCACUGGUGAUAUGAGACACUGUAUUAUGUUUAAAUAUAGGACUAUUUUUUCUGUCUGUUUAAUUUUCAGAGCUGUAUUGGUGAAAUAAAAUAAAUCUAGCUUGAAAAAAAAAUUCAAAAUUUUUGCAAUUACAAAUUGUAGUAUGGAGCCUACAUUUACUUCUCUGGUUUCAUAAAGAUGUAAAAUUAAAGUCUAUAAGA